ACAACACAUGCAUAAAAAAAAUAAAAAAGCAAGAAAAAAAUAAUAAAUAAAUAAAGGUAAAAAGCCAAAAAAUGAAGACAGACUACGCGUUGUUGGAAUUCAAGAGCCAUGCCGACUAUAUGAUGUCGUUGAUAACGCUAGAGGAUAAAAGAUAUUUGCAAAAUACACGCGUAGCUAAGAAAAUUGCCGAAUUGGGUUUUCGCACAAAUGGGAAGGUUUAUGAUGAAGCCGAAUUCGAAGCGACCAAAGCGCACACUCUGGAGAAUCUUAAUCCCAGGCUGAAUCUGAGCGCUUUACAUGGUGCUUUAUAUACGGGAGAGGAUCGAGCGCUAUGCGCUUUGGCAGAUCGUGAACAUGGAAACUUAACCCAAAAGUUAGCAACCAUUAUAUUUCUGCUGGUGCAUGAUGCAAGCGGCUUUGAUCUGUCCAGCUAUAUAGACUAUAGCAAUAGUUUGCAUCGCGGCAAUAUGCAGGAGAUUGGGUCAAGAGACUGGAGUGCGAUCUUCGAGGGCCGCCGACCGCUGCGACCCAAGCGCAGCGACUUGAGCUUCUACGACUGGCACCGCAAGUUGGUUUGCUAUAACAAUAGCAGCAACUAUGAGGUCGUUCCCCUUGGCCAUGCACUGUCAUUUAAGCAUAAAGGCGAUCAUAGAUUCAUUACCAUCGACACCAACAACAUAAUGCAAAAUAUGGAAGCCUGUUUAAUAUAA